GAUAGAGGGAGAGGAGGAGGUGGAAGCAGAAUAAGAAAGCAGCUGACCCCUCCCGCUUCCUCGAGCUGCACGCAGACGGGACAGCAGCAGCAGUAGCAGAAGAAGAGGAAGCAGAAGAAGAAGAAGAAGAAGAAGAAGGACAAGAAGAAGAAGAAGAAGAAGAAGAAGAAGGGCACAAACCAGCAGCAAAAGCACGUCAUUAUUUGGAUUUCACUUAAUGUGAAAGACCGAGACUUCACCAGCAGCGCUGCCGUGACUUCAGUGUCCUCUCUCUGAACCGAACGACAUGCUCUCCCCGGGACUCUCCCUGUUUCUACUGGCCAUGUCCUGCGCGCUGUGGCCGGCUGUGGUCCAGGCGGCGUCCUGUGAGUCGGUGCGGAUCCCUCUGUGCCGGUCAAUGCCGUGGAACAUGACCAAGAUGCCGAACCACCUCCACCACAGUACGCAGGACAAUGCAGUGCUGGCCAUCGAGCAGUUCGAAGGACUGCUGGGUACUGGCUGCAGUCCAGAUUUGCUCUUCUUCCUAUGUGCCAUGUAUGCUCCUAUCUGCACCAUUGAUUUCCAGCAUGAGCCCAUCAAACCCUGUAAGGCUGUGUGCGAGCGGGCCAAGUACGGCUGUGAGCCGGUGAUGAAGCGUUACAACCACAGCUGGCCCGACAGCCUGGCCUGCAGCGAGUUGCCACUGUACGACCGUGGAGUCUGCAUUUCACCUGAGGCUAUCGUCAAGGCAGAGGGACCAGACCCAUAUUACCAGGACCCAGCCAGGUGUAACCCAGAAUCCAGUCCAGACUUUCCAAUGGACUCCAACAACCUCCAUUGCAGAGGAACAAUUGGAGAUCGCUGUAGAUGUAAGACAGUAAAAAUGUGUUUGAGAACCUACCUGGGCAACAACUACAACUAUGUGAUCAGGGUGAGGGUGAAGGAGGUGAGGAAUCGCGGUCUUGAGCCCACAGCAGUGGUGGAUGUGAAGGAGGUGCUCAAGUCUUCUCUGGUCAACAUUCCCAAAGAAACACACACACUCUACUACUCAUCCUCCUGCCUGUGUCCUCCUCUCACUCCUGGAGAGGAGUACCUUAUAAUGGGCUACGAGAACGAGGAGACUUCCAGAUUGCUCCUGAUUGAUGGCUCCAUUGCGCAGAAGUGGAAGGACAAAUUGGGCAAGAAGGUCAAGAGAUGGGAUCAGAUCCUGCAGGGGAAAGGCCGAGCAAGUCAGCGCCGGAAUCGCCACUGAGAUCUGACCCUCUUUGUGUGUGUGUGUGUGGCUGUGUUUGUGAAUAUAAAAAGUGUGUAUGUGUGUGUAGAUAUUGCACUAUCAGACUGUUGUAGCUGAAUGUAGUUCAUCUCUUCAUCUGUCAGACUGAUUUUUUUCAUUUAUUUUCUUUGCACGAACAUUAUUAAGUGUGUGUGUUUAGUGUCUAUGUGUAUGCAUGCAUUUGUGUGUGUGUGUGUGUGUGUGUGUGUGUGUGUGUGUGUGUGUGUGUGUGUAUAGACACCUAGCACUCAAUAAAGACAAGGGAGGGCAUAGAGCUUCAAAGCUGUAGUACCAUACAAUAUGUACAUUACACUGUUUUGUCACAGUCUUUAAUAAACCUGGACAUAUAGGCCAUGUCUGUUCUCCUACCCUGCCCACUUUAUUCAGUCAGGACAGAGAACUUGAAAACACGAGCAUCCUCUUGUUCUGGUACCCACAUCCGGGUAAGACACCAGUUCAGUAUUGUAUUAUACAGCAACUCUUCUGUAUGUCAUGACAACUGAAAAUGACAAAAACAUGUGUACAUUUCCUUUUUAACAAAUAUGUAGCACUGAUAUGAAGGUAACUGUCCAGCAGACUCGGCCAUCUGGAAGACACCAGGAUGGACAUUCAUUUUAAAUUUAAGAAAGUUGUAGAAGAGGCCUUUUAUAACAACAGAAAUUUUGACUUGUCAUUGUAGGAAAAUCAGAUAUGUUACUUGUACUAUGAGCAAUGGUUCUGUUCUUUUCAAGUGUUUCAGUAAGUCAUGGUAAAGUGACAGUGAUGUGAAGCAGUUAAAAGCUUUCAACCCUCAUCAUUUUAUUUAUGGAUACAUGGGAUUUUGUACAGUGAAGUGUCAAAAUGUCAGGCCCUAUAGCAAGUCAUUUUCCAUUAUUUUCUGACUUGAAAGAGCAGAGUGCAGUUUGUUUUGUCUGUGCUCAGACUGAUAAACUACUCUCAUUAUCACAGUGUACGGCCCCAUUCAAAACAAAUCAGGCAUUGCAGUGAAAACCUUAAGUCCUUCCAUUAAUUUGAGUGGGGGGGUCAUGCAUUCAGGCUGCAACGGUGCAGACAGGAGGGAAAGCCAGAAAAAUGCAGCUGCCCUGCAACUAAAAGUUAAACAUAAUGAAUGAGUAUGUGGCCAAUCACAUAAGCCGACAAGCAGAAAGUCUGGUCAACAGUAUUGUUCUUUGAGCCUUUUGCUCCGAAUGUAGCUAAAAACGACACAACACUUACAAUCAGUAGGCAAUUGUUCAUUCUUGACAGGAUGGAUAGGCCAGGUUGUGUCAUCAGCCAAUGCCUAGCAAACUGACUCAUUUUAGUUUUUUGUUUUCAGAGCCACGGUCAGGGACAUGGACUCUUGCACAAACCUGAGUCAGAUAAAGGAUUGAUGAGUGAGGCAGACUAGACACAUAUUCAACCAAACAACCUCUCUGCCCCUGCAUUCUCUCUGCUCCUUGAGGAUGGAGAGGGUGGAUGGCAAUGCAACAAAGUUUUGUAUGUUUUAUUCUUAAUACUGGCUGGCAUGACAUAUGGUGUCAGGGUGGAAAAGAAAUACUGUCAAAAAAGACACAUGCGCAACAUUCAGAGGUCUGUCAAAUUUAAAAUUUUUUUUUAACUUUGAUAAAGACACACCAAGAAUUGAAACGGUAGUCCUUAAUAAAGUUUGUUGCUUAAA